CUUCUGACUGUAUUCACUGCAGCAACAGCUUGCAUCCUCAAACAGGAGAAGACGUCAGCUUCAGAGGUUCAAUCAGACAUCUUCUUCACCAAGAGAGAUGGCAGGCCUGUGUUGGAUGGCUGUGGUGCUGGCCUUCAGCACGUCCAUUGGAAACAGUCUGGCUGUGGAUGAAAGAAGCCUCACAGUUAUUGUAGGAGAAAUCCUGGACAGGUACUUCAUGAACAACGUGCAGUUCAGUUUGGCCGUAAACAUCCCAGUGGACCAGAAGAUUAAGGAGGCCCUCAAUAAAGACCCCUCUACCAAUGUGCAAAACAAGGUUCGAAAGGGUGAAGUGUACAGAGGGACCAAUGUGGUUGCAGCAACAUUUCAAAAGAAGGACACAUACACUGAUCAUGCAGAGGCACGUGUUCUGGACAAUAUAAAACCUUUAGCUGACAACAGUAAGGGUCAUAUUCUGGUCCUCUAUUCUUACCUUUCUCCAUGUGGUCAAAAGUGUACAAAUCAAAACCACAAUUACAAUAUCUUGGGCAAGAUUGAUGACGCCUUUCAGAAUUCCAAAUGGGCAGACCAUGCCUUUGUGUUUACUAAAGUAUUCGAUGGGCGUGGUAUAACUCAAGAUGAGAUUAAAGAGACCUUUAAUAGCCUUAAAGGGACUAAAAUUGGUCAGAACAUAUUCCGUUGUUACUUCUCACAUAAAGGUACCAGAUGCAUCAAGUGCUUCAACAAUGGAGUACUUUCAGACGAGUGUGUUAAAAACUAGGCCUAGAUGUGUCAAAGCCACAACAGGGACUGUGGUAGAGUUUCCAUGGAGGAGAGGAGAUCUGGGGACCACAGUGAUUCAGGUUCAAGUGGAAUUUUAAACAAGUUAUUUGCUUAAAAAUGCACUUUCCUCUAUAAAACUACAAGCUAUGUCACUGCUGCUGAGGACCCUCACACACUUCAGAUGUGUUCUUUGGUCCAAACCAUUCACCAGCAGAGCUUACAUUUCCUUGCACACAUACUGUUGAGGUGUAUGGUCAUUGUUUACCUGAGUGUUGACUGAUCUGGGCUUGUUUCAUGGAACUGAUGUGAAUCAUGUUGUGUACUCAUGGCAGUUUGGUCUGAAGAGGACAGACACUCAUAUUUUCAGGAGUCUCAGUGUGGUUUUAGGUUCAGAGGCAUUUUCUGCCCUGUCCAAAUUAAUCGAAACUGAACUAACUGAAAUACAGUAGACUGUGCUUCAGAGUUUAAACAGCCACACAAUAAAAUGACUAACUGUAUUCAAUUUGAGUUUUGCUGAUAUAAACAAAACAACUUGACAAGAUAAAAAGGGAAAAUUGAGAUUUGGUAGAAAAGUAGUCUGACUCCAUGAAACCUUAACAGUGACUGUAACUCUGAGAAUAAAGCAAAAACAUAUUGUACCCUAUUUCAAAAGUCAGAAGUAAUAUUUUGCGUUUACUUGAUUACAUGUUAAAUAAUAAUAAUAAUAAUAGUGAAUGUGGAUGUUUAAAGUAUAUCAACCUCAGGAUUUUCAGGAUGCAUGUCAUUGUACUCAGUACUUGUGUAAAGCAUUACCAAACCCUCUGAUGUUCUGCUCUUUGUGAUUAAAGCUUGGCUCAGCAUUGA